CGGGACGGGGGCUCGCCUUCGCUGUCGGCCACGGCCAGCGUGUCCGUGGAAGUGGCCGACGUGAACGACAACGCGCCGACAUUCGCGCAGGCCGAGUACACGGUGUUCGUGAAGGAGAACAACCCUCCCGGCUGCCACAUCUUCACGGUGUCCGCGCAGGACGCGGACGCGCAGGAGAACGCGCUGGUGUCCUACUCGCUGGUGGAGCGGCGGGUGGGCGAGCGUGCGCUGUCGAGCUACGUGUCGGUGCACGCGGAGAGCGGCAAGGUGUACGCGCUGCAGCCGCUGGACCACGAGGAGCUGGAGCUGCUGCAGUUCCAAGUGAGCGCGCGCGACGCGGGCGUGCCUCCGCUGGGCAGCAACGUGACGCUGCAGGUGUUCGUGCUGGACGAGAACGACAACGCGCCCGCGCUGCUGCCGCUGCCUGGGGCGGGCGGCGCGGGCGGCGCCGUGAGCGAGCUGGUGUGGCGGUCGGUGGGCGCGGGCCACGUGGUGGCGAAGGUGCGCGCGGUGGACGCCGACUCGGGCUACAACGCGUGGCUGUCGUACGAGCUGCAGCCGGCGGCGGGUGGCGCGCGCAGCCCGUUCCGCGUGGCGCUGUACACGGGCGAGAUCAGCACGACGCGCAGCCUGGACGAGGCGGACUCGCCGCGCCAGCGCCUGCUGGUGCUGGUGAGGGACCACGGCGAGCCGGCGCUGACGGCCACGGCCACCGUGCUGCUGUCGCUGGUGGAGAGCGGCCAGGCGCCCAAGGCCUCGUCGCGGGUGUUGGCGGGCGCCGCCGGCGCGGAGGCGGCGCUGGUGGAUGUCAACGUGUACCUGAUCAUCGCCAUCUGCGCGGUGUCCAGCCUGCUGGUGCUCACGCUGCUGCUGUACGUGGCGCUGCGGUGCUUGGCGCCGCCCAGCGAGGGCGCGUGCGGGCCGGGGAAGCCCACGCUGGUGUGUUCCAGCACGGUGGGGAGCUGGUCGUACUCGCAGCAGAGGCGGCAGAGGGUGUGCUCUGGGGAGGGUCCGCCCAAGACCGACCUCAUGGCCUUCAGCCCCAGCCUUCCCCCGUGUCCUGGAUCUCUGAAUCCAACGGAAGAUCCACAAGCUUCUUUGGAGUCUUCUGGAAAGGUUCCAUAUGUCACUUGA